GUGCAGAGCGAGGCGGGUGCGGUGCCUUCGACCCCCAAACAGCACGGCGCCGUGUGCGCGCUGCUCCCACAUCGGCGCGCGAUGCGUCACAGGCGCCUCCGGCCACCCCGGGAGACCGCGCAGGCCGCGUCUCGCCGAGGACGUCAACACCCCGAGAACCCCGGCGGCGAGCCCCGCCGACGUGUCCUCGCCGGGUCGCCAUCGCAAGUCGACCUUGCAAAACAACAACAUGAACCAUGCUGAGCUCCUUACCCCCGCCAUGGCACCCAAAUCAGCGCCAGAACUCGCCAUUCCAACAUCAGCCGUGCCUCCUCCCGCGGAUCCGUUGGCUUCUGGACCGCAGCCAGACUUCUGGGAAGCGGAAGCGCCAGGCGACACCUCCUCCUUCUUUGGCUCCCCGCCGCCAAUCGAGCAAGACCUCAAUGCGCCGGGCCAAGAUAUCCUUGCAUUGGUGGAACAUCUGAGCAGUCCAUCGCAGCUCCAGGGGCUACCGGGUACAGAUGAUGAACUCAACGCCUUACUUCACAUGGGCCAGGACUCCAACACUGUGCUCGAUCUGAAUAUCGAUCCACUCUUUGGUUCGCGCGGGGACAUUUUCCCCCCAAGUCCUCCUCCACCACACUGCCUCAGCGCAGCAAGCUCGCUGAUGCGGUUUCGAGAGGACAUGGACCGGCGCAUCACGGCGAUGGACGCACGCUUCUCGGACCCUCUCAAAGUCCUGCAGGACUGCAAAGCCGAGGAAGAGGGUUCCGCCGAGGUCGAGAAUCCGGCCGCGCUGCUCCUUUCGUGCAGCAAGGAGUUGAUCGACAUUCUCCAGAACCUGACGGCGGCGGCUCCGCCUGCGGUCUCCAAGGACUCGUAUCCCCACAACCAGCUCGCCCCACCCCACUCCGCACCCGGAAAGCACAUGCAAACCGCCGAGGAUGCGCUCAGCACCGAGGUCGUGCUCCUGGCUCUCUCGAGCUACCUCGCCUUCAUGCGCCUCUACGACGCCCUGUUCUACAGCCUCUUCCAAUGCCUCUGCCAGCUGCCCCCCGACAUGUUCAAGUCGGUCAAGGUCAAGUCGGUGCUCCGCAUCGGCGGCGUCUCGUCGCUCCAGGACAUGCCGCUCAAGUCGUAUGCCACAGCCAUACUCGACGCCGUCCAGGACCAGGUGCGGACCCUGGAGCGCUGCAUGGGGAUUCCGCCCGAGUACUGCCUCUCGGGCGAGGCGGCUGUCUCGCACACGGCGGCCGCCCCGCCGCCGGGCAUCUUCUCCCGUCCAGAUCGAGCACGGUUGUUUUACGCUGUCAUGGCACAGGAGGAUGUCAAGUCACGGCGGGGUACCAAGACGUACGUAGAGUCCAUACGAGCGAGUAUUCAGGAGUCGUUGGGGAGGAUCUAGACUUGGGCUGGGAGCUCGCCAGUCGCUUAGCCCCAUGAAUUAAAAAUACAAGAUGUGAUGGCUCUCUCCCAAGACUAGAGGAAGAGACAGGCCUGCGUUCCGUUAGAUGCACUUGCCAGUACACCAGCUAGGCCCCCGCCGCCGUCUG